ACACGUACAAAGGAUUCAUGUCCUGGCCAAUGGCCGCCAGAUGCUGGAAGCUGGGCAAUCGAGAAUACAGGCAGUAAUAUCUUACUGCUCACAUCAAUGAGUAACAAUUGACUGAUGAGGCACGCACUAGCAAUACUCUGCGAUUUGAUUUGCCUAGCGGUUCCGGGAGGCAGCUUACCUCACUGGUGCCUCGUAAAAAGCUGGAAAUCGGCGUCACACACACACAGCUCUGACCGCAGCUCCGAAUUUGAGGGAACGAGGCGCACUGAAGGCGGCCAAACAGAGCGCCUCUUAGCUGUCACCACCUCCUUGCAAACCACCACGACAGCUGCCGCCGCCACACCCUCUUUGAUCCUCUUAAUCUAACUACAUGUACGAGUAUAUACGAAUACAGGCAGGGAC